AUGUCUGUAAUACACUCUAAUGGCAAUGGUAUCAGUAGGGAAAGACUCAUAAAUAUAAGUGAUAAAUUGAGAGUGGCUAACCUAUGUAAAAAGGAACUGAAUUUUAAGUUGCUCGUUAUUGGAGAUUAUGGAGUAGGGAAAACUUCAAUCAUUAAAAAAUAUACCGAGGAAGAAAUGUUUCCUUUAAAUAAAGUUACAAUAGGUGCAGAUUUUGCACUGAAAACAUUAGAAUGGGAUGAAGAGACUAGAAUUAACAUUCAUCUAUGGGAUACAGUAGGACACGACAAAUCCGGCUUCUUGACAGGAAUCUUUUGUAGGCAUGCAGUUGGUGCAGUUUUGGUAUUUGACUUAACCAAACCAGAAACGUUUAACUCAGUUAAAAAGUGGCUUGUCAAUCUAAGAAAUAAAAUCUCGCUACCAGGUGGACAACCAAUUCCCACCAUUUUAUUAGCCAACAAAGGCGAUAUGACUACCAAAACUCUUCCAAAAGAAAUAAAUGAUUUUUGUUUAGAUAAUAACAUAAUGGGCUGGUUUAUUACUUCGGCCAAAACUAACACACAAAUUGAUGAAGCCAUGUUGAGGCUAACUAAUGCAGUGUUAAUAAAUCACCACGGUUUACAAUUUCCUCUAAUUACAGAUGACAUUAUAAAAUUACCUAAUGAAAAUGGACAUGGUGCAGGACCAUCGAAUCACUCCAACAAAAAACAUUACUGCUGUAACAGUUAG